AUGUUGUCGACCGCAAGAUCAAGAGCCGUAUGGCAAAUCUCUCGUAGCCUUCAAUUCUCGGCUAGACGAACAUACUCCUUCUCUGCAAACGAUCAGCAAGAACUUAAUACUCCAAACGCCCCGAAGAAAGUCCCCAAUGUCUCGAAAACCAACGAGCUCCCAAUGGAGACACACGUCAACGAUGCGUCAUUGCAGGAAAGCGUAGAGACGGGGGAGAAAUCCAGGACUAUGCAGGCGCCAAACAGAUCGAGCAAAUGGUCGCGAAGUCAGAAUCCUAGGGAGAAGGCAAUGUCUGGACCUAGAUUUGAGCAAACUAUCAUGGAAGCCCAGCCAGCACCACAAGCAGCUAUCAGCUUAAUUCACAAGCAACCAGUGCGAUGGACGCACGACCGUAUAGUCUCAUGUGAUGGAGGUGGAGGUCCAUUAGGCCAUCCAAGAAUCUUCAUCAAUACCGAUAAGCCUGAGAUCUGCAAUUGUACAUACUGUGGAUUACCAUUUGCCAAUGAACACCAUCGAGCACAUCUUCAAUCUCUUCCAGUGACCGCAUACCCUCUUGAAGCACAAGGUCACCCCGCCGAAGUCAAUGAAUCACAGCGUGUUACGGACGAGGCUCUUGGUCAACGAUAA